AACGGCUUUCAUGCCGAUAACGAUGAAUAUGAUCUUGCUCACCCAACAGAAGGGUUUGCUUCGAUCCCAGAGGCCAUUGAAGACAUUCGUCAAGGAAAGAUUCUACUGGUUGUAGAUGACGAGGAUGAAAAGAAUGAAGGAGAUCUAAUAAUGGCAGCUGAAUUGGCAACACCUGAGGCUAUGGCUUUCAUUGUGAAGCAUGGAACCGGCAUAGUUUGUGUGAGCAUGACAGGGGAAGAUCUGGAGAGGUUGCAAAUUCCUUUGAUGGUAAACCAAAAGGAGACUGAGGAGAAACUUUGUCCUGCAUUCACUGUCACUGUGGAUGCAAAACAUGGUACGACCACAGGAGUGUCAGCUCGUGAUAGGGCAACGACAGUGUUAGCUCUUGCUUCCAAAGAUUCAAAACCUGACGAUUUCAAUCGCCCGGGCCAUAUCUUUCCAUUGAAGUACAGGGAGGGCGGCGUUCUGAAAAGAGCAGGACAUGCGGAAGGUUCAGUCGAUCUUGCCCUGCUAGCUGGUCAGAACCCCGUUGCGGUCCUUUCUGAGGUUGUCGACGAUGAUGGUUCCGUGGCUAGGUUACCAAAGCUUCGCGAAUUUGCGCAGAAGGAGAACUUGAAAAUUGUAUCCAUUGCUAAUUUAAUCAGAUAUAGGAGGAAGAGAGAUAAAUUGAUAGAGCGUUCGGGUGCAGCACCCAUACCUACAAAGUGGGGAACAUUCACAGCGCAUUGCUAUAUAUCGAUCUUAGAUGGGAUUGAGCAUACUGCAAUGGUUAAGGGUGAUAUUGGGGAUGGACAAGAUAUUCUUGUGAGAGUGCACUCAGAAUGUCUCACAGGAGACAUAUUUGGGUCGGGCAGAUGCGACUGCGGGAAUCAGUUGGCACUUGCAAUGCAACAAAUUGAGGCCGUUGGGAGAGGCAUUUUAGUCUACCUCCGCGGUCAUGAAGGUAGGGGCAUUGGUUUGGGCCAAAAACUUCGCGCUUAUAACCUGCAAGAUCAGGGACGUGAUACAGUAAAAGCGAAUGAAGAGUUAGGACUACCUGUUGACUCACGAGAUUAUAGCGUUGGUGCACAGAUACUAAGAGAUCUGGGAGUCAUAACCAUAAAAUUAAUGACGAACAACCCCGCAAAGUGUGUCAGUCUCAAAGGGUAUGGUUUGACCGUCGCCAGUAGGGUCCCAUCGUUAACUCUGAUUACAAAGGAAAAUAAGAGAUAUCUGGAGACUAAACGAACCAAAAUGGGACACAUCUACGGUUUAGAAUCCAACGGCCGUUUGGAGAAUCAUAUCAGCAACGGUAAACCGAGGUUGGAUAAUACUGGUGUUGUAUCUAAACUCAUAAGCCCUUAG